AUGCAUAUCGGUUGGCCGCAGAGACGCACAGACACAUGCUAUCUUUGUCCUUCAGUCUCUCUCUCUCUGUUUUUCUCCAUACAUCAUGGCAUUUCUAUUAUUUUAAGCGAGGAAUAUAUAUAUAUAUAUAAAGGGGAGGGUGGGAUGGCACUUUCCGCACGGAUGGUGACGCUGCGGCGAGGGGCUCCAUGCACAUUGAGCCGCCAUCAUUCAUUUUGUGCGAUUUACAGUUUGGGCAGAGGUGUGAUGAUAUCGACUCGCGUGGGUUUGUGCCAGCGCACAUGCAAGCCGCCACAGGAGGGCGCCAAGGACGCGGCUGCAGCAUGUCGUGCUGCAUUUCAGCACUUUAUUCGCCUUCGGAGCUCUGAAUAUACCGGGACACAUGUGCCCACAUUCGAUAAGACCGCUACAACUACUGCGACGGCCACUAACGGAGUGGCGCUGGAAGACGAUGAGGAGGAGGAGCCCAUGCGUCAUGCGUUGGAGACGAUUGAAGUCUGCCCAGUCACAAGCAAUGGAAGUCAUACGGACGCACGAUGCAGCGAGAAGGUUGAAAGGAUAAAAGAGAAGAAUGGGGGGAGGUGCUUGCGGUCAGAACGGAUGCAGCCCUCUCCCUUUUCUUCUUCUUCAUCUUCAUUCUUCUUCGCUUCCUGCUCCGUACCGCGGGGAAAACGGGAUUUGUAUCGUCUGCAUCAACGCGCGGCGAAGGAUUUGAAUAUGGCACGAGAAGCGCAGCUUCGAAUGGAGUAUGAGCGUGCAGUGAACAUUUUACGCGAAAUUCAUAUAGCCCUGAAGGGGAUUAUGCCUCCUUGUGGAGGUCCUCAUGGGAGUCAGUCGAGAAGACCACACAAGGAAUGGUUGGAUUCCACCGAAGCAAUACGAUUUGAACGUUUGCAUCAACUCCGCGAUACCACAAGCCGACUUUCGACGGCACAUUUUCUUUUACUGCCUGUGGCCUCCAUUCUACAGUUUCUUGAGCUCGUUGGGAGCAUUGCUGCUCUUGUGCAGGAGCCGCACAGAACCGCCCAUGGUUAUGUUGUGCGACAGGCGGUGCGGGCACUCUUCCUCGAUAACACUGCCGCCACAAUGAACACAAGCAAGGGGCCUGCUUCUACCAGUCAUACGGGAAAUACGCUGAAUUCACAGAUGCAUAUUUUAUCAGGUCUUCAUUACUACAAACUUCUGCGCGUCAUGCUAUCUCUACCAUCCGUUGAAACCAUUGAGGUGUCUGGCAACGCUGAAACAGUGAUGCCAUUGGAGGAGUUCUGUGUGCGGCAGUUAAGUAAUGGUGUAAACGUCUCUGUGCAAUCAAACCUUAAGCUGUUUCUUCAUGAGAUUGGACCAGUUCGUGCUGUUCGUGUGGUCGCGUGGUGCAUGCGCCACGCAGUCUCACUGCCUGUCUCAUCAUGGCAAGGGAAAAAAAGCUCUUCAUUCGGGGCAUCCUCCGUCUUGCCACCACGUGGGGAGUUGCGCAUUCCCUUUGGUGUUGGCAAGGAGUAUACACAAAGUGUGUUGGCCUCUUUUUCGGGGUACAAUCCCCGUGGGGACGAUACCAGCAAGGAGAAUGUGACUAAAGAGAAGGCGCGAACAACAUUUGGGGUAAAAGAACUGGCGGUGUUAUGCAACGCCAUUGUCUUUUAUGAGAUCCGGACAAUGGAGGCCGUGAAGGUUCUUGUGGAGGCAGCACCGGUGUGUGCGGCGGGGGUAGAUGAGUUGUCAGGCCAUCAGUUGAGUUGUGUCAUGCUCGCUUACGCGACGCUGAGGUAUCAUGGUGAGUUGUCACGUCACCCGACAUCAUUUCACACAAUACUUCUAUCAAAGAGUACAAAUCAGACGAAUUUUUACCUGUUGCUGGGUGAACGCGCAGGUAAACUGGGCGAACAGCUUCAUGAAGAUGAUGCGGCUCGAGUGUUGCGUGCACUGGCGAUGGUUGACGUUGAGCACGAGGGACUUCGACGCUCAUUGGAGUCCAGCAUGCGUAUGAAGGGGCUUUAUAGAAGAGUUAUUUUAUCAUGA